AUUUGUUUCCUCUGGUAUCUUUACACGAGCGGACCGCAGUAUGAUGCUGCUGUUGCUGCGAUGCUGGAUUCUAUAGCAAUAGUUAAUAUUAUAUGGUUUUUGUUAGCACUGUGUUUUCUAAUGGCCUUUUGUCUUUGUAAGUUUUCACUGAAACUGCCUCACAGCCUCGAGCACGUGUUUCAGGAUUUAAUCCGAUAUGGAAAAACUAAAGAACACAUCAAGCGCUCAAACUGGCAGCUCGUUUUUGACAUAUCAAAGAGGUGUUUCUAUCAUUUCUAUGCGGUGUCUGUCAUGUGGAAUGGGCUCCUCCUACUAUUCUCCUUGCGUUCUGUCGUCAUGAAUGAGGCGCUGCCUGAUUGGUUAAUUGACGCGCUUUGGUGUUUGACUGGCAGACCAAGAGCUGCUUGGAAAGAGUUACAUCUCUCCAUUCUGCUUUUACAAGCGCUACUGUGGGUCCAUUCCCUUAGACGGCUGUUGGAGUGCCUAUUUGUCAGCGUAUUUUCUAAUGGUGUGAUCCAUGUAGUCCAAUAUGCAUUUGGUUUGGGUUACUAUGUCCUACUUGGACUAACUGUCCUGUGUAUAAAUUCCUCUCUGCCACAAUCAGGGUCUCUUAUUAAUCAGCUCACAUGGCAUCAUGUAAUCGGGACUCUUCUUUUCAUCUGGGCAUCACUCCUCCAGAACCGGUCCCUCUCACUGCUAGCCAAGAUGAGGACUGACAGCUCAGGUAAAGUAGAGACUCUGGCCCACAAGAUGCCAUGUGGGGGCUGGUUUGAGCUGGUCUCAUGUCCGCAUUACCUGACUGAGCUUCUGAUUUAUGUUGCCAUGAGUGUUUGUUGUGGCUGUAGUUCUCUAACCUGGUGGCUGGUGGUACUGUAUGUACUCUGUAACCAGGCACUGGCUGCACAGCUCUGUCAUGAUUACUACAGGAGCAAGUUUGAGACUUAUCCACCUCAACGCAAAGCUUUUAUUCCCUUUGUCCUGUGAUUUUUAUGUAAUAAGCUCUUUUAUAUGGAAAUAAGAAUCAAAUUAAUAAAGUAUUGACUAAACAAAAACAUAGAUAACCUUAAUGUCUCUCUUUUAAAUGGGAACAGCUGACGCAUUGAUUAUGCAUGUUUAAUGUGUAAGGAACAGUGCAAGGAGGGAAAUACACACGACAUGACCGAAAUGGACCGUUGCCCUGACACAGACUGACCUCAGAUGGAGACUGACAGCAGCUGCUUGCUAAGACACUUAAUUACUGUGAGAUGUCAGCAAAUGCCUAAACAAGGAAGUGGCUUUUACCACAUAUUAACUUCCCAAGCUUCCACUGCGUCUAGAAUUUAGUCUUGUUUAAAAAGAGAAUCAACUGAAAGAUAAUUUUUGCCCGUUUCCUGCUACUGAUCAAUUGAUGACCGUGUUGUUGUUGUUUGUUUUACUUUAUUUGCACUUGCAUAUGUAUUAGGAGGAUGUAGGACAAACCAUAAGCAAAUACAAAUACAGAAAGGUUAACUUUUAUAAAAUAUCAAUGAUUAAGCAGCAGUGGUAAUAAUGAUUUAAAAAUUUACAAAUAUUUAUAUUUUACAAGUUUCUGCAUUAGUUUCAAUAAUCAUGAGGUCAGUGUUGCAAAACAGUGUAUAGAAGUGUUUAUGUACCCAUCAUUGUUCAAACAUUUUUUCCUCAGAAUUUUUUUCUUCUUUUUUUUUUUAUCUUCUAUAUGUACACGUAAGCCUGCUAUAUGAAUAACGUCUAUCAAUAUUUGAACUUCGUGUAAACAAGAUGGAAUCUGCUAUUUUCUACUAUUUCCACUCAGCUUCU